AUGCCUUUUUGUUUCAUUUCUUUAUUUCUUUACAUGUCAUUCAUUCAUAAUUAUUUUUCAUUUCUUCAUUCUUAUCUGUUUCUUUCCUUAAUUAUUAUUCAUAUUUUUUGCCUUCAUUUUAUUUUUAUUUUUCGCCCGUCAUUGUUUUUUUUUCUUUCGUUCCGUUUUCCUUUUAGUUUUUGUUUGAUUCCUCAUUGUUUUAUUUUUGUCCGUUCCUUCAUAUUUGUUUCUUUCCUUUAUUCUUUUUCGCUCACUUAUCCUUUUUCUUUUGCGUAUUUCAAUCAAUUUAUGUCUCAUCUGUACAUUAUUUGUGAAUUUUCGUUUUUUUGCAUUCGUUGUUGUUUCUUCCUUCAUUUCUUCUAUUUUGUUCCUUUAUCUUUUGCUUUUCCUUCAUUUCUUUCUUUUUUAUUCUUCUUUCCUUUAUAUUUUGUUUCAUUUCUUCUUUGUGGCUCGCAUCAUUUCAGUUUCAUUUCAUUUUCUUCUCUUCCUGCUUCCCUAAUUUGCUUGUUCUAG